GGCGCGGCCGCUCCCGAGGCGCUCGCGCUGCCCCCGCCGCGCUCCGAGGUAGUCGUAGCUCGGCCCGUGUCGCCAGGCCCGGGCCACCCCCAGGCCUCCGCCGCCCGCUGCCCGCCAUGGACGACUACGCGGUCCUGUCGGACGCCGAGCUGGCCGCCGUGCUGCGCCAGUACAACAUCCCGCACGGGCCUGUCGUGGGUUCCACUCGCAAGCUCUACGAAAAGAAAAUCUUCGAGUAUGAGACCCAGAGGCGGAGGCUCUCGCCCCCGAACUCCUCCGCAUCCUCUUUCUCCUAUCGGUUCUCGGACUUAGAUUCUGCGUCCGUGGACUCGGACAUGUAUGAUCUGCCCAAGAAAGAGGACGCCUUACUUUACCAGAGCAAGGGCUAUAGUGACGACUACUAUGAGGAGAGUUACUUGACCACCAGGACUUACGGGGAGCCUGAGUCUGUGGGCACAUCCAAGGGCUUCCGCCAGCCCUCGGCUUCGCUCUCGGAUGCUGACACCUUCCACCACCAGGUCCGUGAUGACAGUCUCUUCUCUUCUGAGGAGGACGGCAAGGAUAGGGAACGCCCCGUGUACGGCCGGGACAGUGCCUACCAGAGCAUCGCGCACUAUCGCCCCGUUUCCAACGUCUCCAGGAGCUCCCUGGGCCUGUCCUACUACCCCACAUCCUCCUCUGCCUCCUCCGCCUCCUCAUCUUCAUCUCCCCCCACUUCGUGGCUCACCCGCCGUGCCAUCCGGCCGGAAAAGCAGGCCCCCGGGGCCGGUCUGGGCCGGGAUCGCCAGGUCCCGCUCUGGGGCCAGAUGCUCUUGUUUCUGGUGUUUGCCGCCUUCCUGCUCUUUGUCUACUACUCCAUGCAGGCUGAGGAUGGCAGCCCUUUCUGGGCGGAGCCCUGAGGUCCGCCGCCUGCCUUAGCAGUGUUUGCGGGGGGUGGGGGGUGGGGGGCUUUUCUGUGUUCUAGCUUUUGGGGGUACUGAGACGGGGGCAGCGUUUGCCUCCCCUGCCUUGUCCUGCCGGGGAGGCCGCAGACCCAGGCCCUGUGCAGCGUGCUGGGCCUGGGUGGGCCUUCCUCUGGAGCCUCCUGGCCCCGCUUGCCUCUGACCCUUAGGGCCUAGGAGGGCGAAACCCUUCUCCUGGAGAGGAGAACAUGGUUGUCGUUGCAUGCCUCCUGUUCAUUGUCACCUUGUGGAGGGGGGUUACCAAAGGCCACCCUGACUUUGUUUCCGUGGACACACAAUAAAAAGACCGUUUAUUUUUAA